ACUGGAUGUGGGCAAGCGGCUCUGCCUUGUGCCGUUGUGGAAGUUGCGGCGAUCGGAGUGACACACUGGCGAGUGAUGGCCUUGGAAGGUGCCCAGGGAGCCAGAGGGGGCCGUGCCCACCCGGAGAGAUUGGCAGCAGGCCGGGGCCAAGGCGGUCCCCAGGGCAUGAGAAAGAUCACCGCCGCCUUUGUGAAGCAGGCGAAAAUCCACGGGGUGAAGUAUGUCUGCUCCCAGCACUACUCCCUGCACCAUCGGGUCGUCUGGUUCCUGGCUUUUUGCACCUCGCUGGGUUUCCUGAUCUCCUGGUCAUCCAACCGGUUCCUGUACCUGCUCUCGUUCCCGUCUCACACCCGCUUCCACAUGGAGUGGACCAAGGAGCUGAACUUCCCUGCCCUCACCAUCUGUAACAACAACCCGAUCCGCUUCUACCAGCUAACCAAAAGUGACCUGUACUACGCGGGCCAGUGGUUGGGGUUACUCACUGAGAACCGAACCGCCCGACCCCUGGUCAUUGAGCUCAUUAAAGAGGAGAGGCAGCAGUGGUUUCAGAAACUUUCCGAUUUCCGCCUCUUCCUGCCGCCCCGCACUUUCGAGGGCAUCAGCCUGGAUUUCAUGGACCGCUUGGGUCACCAGUUAGAUGACAUGCUGCUGUCCUGCAAAUACCGAGGGGAUAUGUGUGGGCCGCAGAACUUUACCUCAGUUUUUACCAGAUAUGGGAAGUGCUACAUGUUUAACUCAGGAAGUGAUGACAAGCCUCUACUGACUACCGUGCAGGGGGGUACUGGCAACGGCCUUGAGAUCAUGUUGGACAUUCAGCAGGAUGACUAUUUGCCAGUCUGGGGUGAAGCUGAAGACACCACAUUUGAAGCUGGGAUACGUGUACAGCUGCACACUCAGUCUGAGCCACCAUUUGUACAUGAGCUGGGAUUUGGAGUCGCACCAGGAUUCCAAACGUUUGUUUCCACUCAAGAACAACGGCUGAUAUACCUGCCACCACCUUGGGGAGAUUGUCAGUCUUCAGCUGUCAACACUGACUUUUUCCCAAGCUAUAGCAUCACAGCUUGUAGGAUUGACUGUGAAACAAGGUACCUCGUGGAGAACUGCAACUGUCGAAUGGUACAUAUGCCAGGUGAUGCACACUACUGCACUCCGGAACAGUACAAGGAAUGUGCAGAGCCGACAUUAGCCUUCCUGGCAAAGAUGAAUAAUAAUUGUCUCUGCAAGACACCAUGUUAUCUAACGCGAUACAACAAGGAGCUGUCCAUGGUAAAGAUUCCUAGCAGGACCUCAGCAAAGUAUCUUGAAAAGAAAUUUAACAAGACUGAAAAAUACAUUUCGGAGAAUAUUUUAGUACUGGAUGUAUUCUUUGAAGCAUUGAACUAUGAAACUAUUGAACAGAAGAAAGCAUAUGAAGUAGCAGGCUUACUUGGUGACAUCGGAGGUCAGAUGGGACUGUUUAUUGGUGCUAGCAUUUUAACAAUUUUAGAACUCUUUGAUUACUUGUAUGAGGUCAUGAAGGAUAAGUUAAUUGACCUGACUAGCUUCAAGAAAGGGGAGGAAGAAGGAAGUCAUGAUGAUAAUGUGGUAACACUUUCUGUUAACCUAGAUGAGCAGCUGAAACAGGACUCAAGCUCUUCCCAGCUGAACUAAU